AUGCCGGCCGCCGAACCCCCUAUUGUGUCUACUGAACCCGGUAUUGUCAAAAUGGACGACCGGAAGCGACCCGCUGCGGACAGUAAUGAUUCCGCCCCGCCAUUGAAGAAGCAGGCUACCUCCGUGAAUGGCGGGAACAAGCCCCAUCCCGAUGCCGAUAUGCCCUGGAAAGAGGACUUGGAGCGCUUUCAAAAAGAUGCGAUCCUGCGUCAAAUGCAAGAAUACAAGCGGGAGAAGGCUUCCCUGGAGUCGCGAGUCAGCCAAAUGUCAAAAGCAGCCAUAGACCAUAAUGAUCGCCUCCGUACUAUCGAUUCCUGGUUUCGUCAGUUCCUGGACGAAAUUAAACUGCUCCUUGGACCUUCGAAUGAUUCAGUCAAGGGUCAGUCGCCCCACCCCUUACUUGACGCCGAGAAAGCAACGUUGACACCCAUGGCAGAUAACACAUUCAAAAGCUCGUUGCAAUUCGAAGAUAAUGACACUUUUGAGACACACUUGAAGUCUCGAUCGGAAGACAUUCGCCAAAUUAUCUCUCAAUUCCAAUCGACUGUAGCCAAUGUGUCUCCAGAUGUCGCUGAUCUUCAGAGUCAGUUGGCCAAGAAGCUCGCGGAGGAAAAGACUUUAAUCGCCGACUAUGAGAAGACUUUGGCCGACAAGCAGCAACUCGAGGAAAGUCUGGAAACGGCAUCACUACGAUACAUGAUGGCUGAAAAGAAACUGGAUCGUGCGCGGAGUUUAACUGCGGCCAAACUCGAAAAGGGAUACAUUAUGGGCAAUCAACGACCUGGUUCCGAGGGUUUGCAAUCAAAGCGCGAAGAGUCAUCUCCCGCCAAUGGUGGAACCCCUGCUGGAGACCGAAAUGUUGAGCUAGAGGAAUCCAAUAGUCAACUAGCAGCCGUAUCUGAGAAGCAAAAGGAACAGUUACAGAAGUUGGAGACUGAAAAUGCCAAUUUGCUUUCUCAGAUCACCGAGGUUAAGAUUAAGUACUCGAAGCUGACCGAUGACGAUUAUGCGCAAACCGAUCUUUUCAAGCAACUUCGCUCUCAAUAUGAUGACGUGGUGAAACGGAUCAACCAUCUAGAAGCGACGAACAUUCAAUUACGAGAGGAAGCCGAGAAGUACCGAUCAGAAAGAAGUGCAUACAAAAUACAACUUGAGGACGAGGCGCGCAGCAUAAUGGCCGAGAAGGACAAUCAAUUAGUACGAGCCGAAACCGACCUGGCACGGAUACGCAACGUUCGUGAUGAGAUUUUAGCGGACCUACAGAUGCGCAAGGCCGGCCAAGAUCAAGAAAAAACCACCGGUGCCAAGCUACAGGAGCUCGCAGAUGCCCGUGAGGCUCGGAUUACUGCUUUGGAGUCGGAGACAGAGAGACUGCGACUGCAGAUUGAGGGUUGCCCGGCAUCUGAAAGUGUAGAGGACAUUUCAUUUGAAGAACUUCGCGCCAAGUACACGGGUCUGGAGCGUCAGUAUGCCAUGCUUAACACCGAGUUGAGCUCGAUGCAGAUGGCAUACAAGAAAUUCUCCACCCUGGCUUCUCAGAAAGUCAUCGACUUCAGUGCCUUGGAAGAAAAGAUUUCACGGCUGACUGCAGAGAAGUCUAAAGCAGACCAGAAGUACUUUGCAGCGAUGAAGAGCAAGGAAGCUCGUGAGACCGAAGUCCGCACACUUCGAGUGCAAAACUCCAAAACCUCCGAUAUCGUCGCGCAGCUCAAAGAUUCCGAAGCGACUACUCGGUCUUUGCUGUCUAACAUGGAAAAGCAAACCAGCGAGACUAAAGAGGCCCUUAACACUGUCCAGGAGAAGUACCGAUCUACCCAGCAACAAUUGACGGAGAGCAAUAUUGUGAUGGAGGGAUUGAAACACCAGAUUGCCGAACUAAAGGCACUAUCGACCUCGAAGGACUCGACCCUGGGGAGCACCUCCACUGCUUUGCGCCAAGCAGAGACCGAGAUUGUCAGCCUGAAGCAGAGUCUUUCGGAUACCAAGAAAAGCCUCGAGGGCUGGAAGGGCAAGAGUCUCGGCAAUAAUUCAUCCGAAUAUGAAAUGCUGCGGGCACUUGCCCUGUGCACGGUUUGUCGUCGCAACUUCAAGAAUACCGCGAUUAAAACCUGUGGUCAUGUGUUCUGCAAGGAUUGCGUCGAUGAGCGAGUAUCCUCUCGUUCUCGAAAGUGUCCUAACUGCAACCGAUCCUUCGGCAGCAAUGACCACAUGCACAUUACUCUUUGA